UAAAAGGAAGUUGAAGAACUGCUCAACUGCAGCGGCAGCUUGAAAAAAGUACUUCCUUUAUGGUUUCGGCUCUUCUACGUGCUAGAUCAGCGAGAAAACAACACAAUGAGUGAGGGUACAGCUACCAUCCGUACUAGGAAGUUUAUGACAAACAGACUGCUAUGCAGGAAACAAAUGGUGGUUGAUGUUCUUCACCCAGGUCAACCCUCAGUAAAGAAGACUGAAAUCAGGGAAAAGCUCGCAAAAAUGUACAAAGUUACUCCCGAUGUCGUCUUUUGUUUUGGAUUCAGAACCGCCUUUGGUGGUGGUAAAUCAACAGGUUUUGCUCUUGUCUAUGAUACCAUGGACUAUGCUAAGAAGUUUGAGCCCAAACACAGAUUAGCAAGGCAUGGCCUGUUUGAGAAGAAAACACAAACCAGGAAACAGCGCAAGGAACGCAAGAACAGAAUGAAGAAAGUCAGAGGUACAAAGAAGUCUAAAGUUGGUGCGGCUGCUGGCAAGAAGGGCAAGAAAUGAACAUAAUUUUUAUUCAGACCAUCUGAUUAAACAACCAUGUAACCAAGCUUUGGUGGGAGAUAACUGUGAAAUCCAUGUUACUUCAACUUCAUUUUAUAUUUUGUUAAUUUUAAAUGUAAGUAUAAUGGAAUAAACAGUUUUCUUUUAUCAA